AUGCGCAGCAGCACUUCGCCCGCCCGCGUGGCGCUGCUCACCGCCGCGUUGGAGCCGCCGCGGCCGAAGGCGAAGCACCGCCUGGCGGUGCGGGACGCUGCGGGUUAUAAGGCGCUGCAGGCAGCGGAGCAGCGCUGCUUCCGCGAAAUGCUGCAGGGGUUGAAAGCAGCAGGAGCCAAUUUCCUGAUGUGUCAGUGGGGCUUCGACGACGAGGCGAACCACUUGCUGCUGGCGGAGCAGCUGCCAGCAGUGCGGUGGGUGGGGGGGGCGGAGUUGGAGCUGCUGGCGGUGGCCACUGGGGGCAGAAUAGUUCCCCGCAUUUCCGAACUCAGCAGCAGCAAACUCGGCACUGCAGCAGCAAUUAAGGAGGUCCCCGCAGGCACCAUGGGCGACAAGAUGAUCGUCGUCGAGG